AUGAUGUUCUACACUUUUCUCCUUCUUCUUCUUCUUCAUUUGGGUUUCUGCCGUGCUCAACAUGCAACUUACAUAGUUCACAUGGAGAAAGAUCAGAUGCCCUCAAACUUCGAGCAACAUUCUCUUUGGUACGAGUCCUCUCUCAGGACCGUCAGAGAAUCUGCCGAAGUGCUAUACACCUACAGCAAUGCGAUCCACGGAUUCGCAUGUCGCCUUACUCCGGAAGAAGUGGAGUCGCUCCUGAGUCAACAUGGGGUCAUCUCGAUUCUCCCAGAGCGAGAGUACAGAUUGCACACGACUAGGACUCCGCUGUUCCUCUGUCUGGAGCCUCUGGAAGUGCAAAAUACAGCCUUAUUCCCUGGAGAGAGCGACAUUGUCAUAGGAGUUCUGGACACGGGGGUUUGGCCGGAGAGCAAGAGCUACUCAGACGAUGGAUACGGACCCAUCCCGUCUACGUGGAAAGGCACAUGCGAGGCUGGGACUAACUACCCAUCUACACUUUGUAACCGCAAGCUAGUCGGAGCUAGAUUCUUUGAUCGUGGUUACGAAGAAAAGUAUGGACCAAUUGACGAAUCCAAAGAGUCAAAAUCUCCAAGAGACAACUACGGUCAUGGAACCCACACGUCAUCAACCGCGGCAUGA